AUGAGUGUGGAGAGCGAUGAGUUGCUUGGAAGUGUUGUGCUGGACCAGGCUGCCCUGCUGCUACUUGAAGCAGCCGAGUUCUUUCGCACUCACAACCCUCCGAAGUAUAAGGCCGCCAUCAAAUGUGUCCGGUACCAUGGGAUGAAAGAAGCGGGCUCCAGUUACGUGAGCUACCGAGUGGAGAUUGCAUGCUUACUGGCCGAAGCAUAUUUGCAAAUAAAGGCCUUGGAACCGGCGAAGCAGUUGCUGCGACAGGAAUCUGCUCAUUCACGUGAUUUUCCAGUAUCACAUGCACGCAUUCUGUUCCUGCUGGCGGAAACACAUGCACUGAUGAAUGACUGGAAUAAUGCCAGCGAAAUCGUUGAUGCCGGUGCUUUGCAGUUUGGCCAGUUAGGCGAUCCAGCUUUGGAAUGCUAUUUCCGUCUUUCUUCUGCUAUGAUAGUAUCAAUGGAUCUAAAUCGAGAAGAGGAACUGACGAAAAGAAUAACGGAAGUGAGCAAUAAAUUGGAGGCUGUGAGUGCCGAUAAUCCAUGCCUGGACUACAUGAAGGCGUACUGUUACGUCGUUCAAAUUUGCUUCUUCAUAUCCACUGGUCAGAUGUAG